GGCGAAUUUCUAAUUUUCCAAUUUUCUAAACAAAAUUUGUAAAAAGAUGAAAGCUUCUGUUUCAGAGCACUGCGGAUACUUGCACUGAGGUGAUUGAGCACGGGGCAGGCGGAUUUCAGGGACUCAGCGACACCACAACAGGUCACAAACCCGAACAAUAUGGGAAACACGGACUCCAAGUUAAAUUUCCGCAAGGCGAUUGUGCAGCUGACGCAGAAGAAGAUCGAUCCCAGUGACGAUCAGUUUUGGGAGCAGUUCUGGCAGGGCCACCAAACGACGCUAGAGGAUGUUUUUGCGCUGGUCACGUCGAAUGAGAUUCGCCAGAUCCGGAACGAGAAUCCAGCAAACUUGGCCACCUUAUGCUACAAGGCGGUGGAAAAGUUGGCUCAGGCGGUUGACAGCAGCUGCCGGACGCAGGCGGAGCAGCAGUGCGUCCUUAAUUGUGUCCGCCUGCUCGUCAGAUGCCUGCCGUACAUCUUUGAAGAUGACAAGUGGCGUGACUUCUUUUGGAGCAGCCUGCCUUCGCAGGAAAAGACCAUGCCGUUGGCCCAGUCGCUGCUGAACGCCACCUGUGAUUUGCUCUUCUGUCCAGAUUUUACGGUCACUGCUACGCGACGCACGGGUCCAGAGAAGGCUGAGGAGCUGGCCAACAUCGACAGCUGCGAAUACAUUUGGGAGGCGGGCGUAGGUUUCGCCCAAUCACCACCCCAUAACGCCCACAUGGAGCGCAGGCGCACGGAGCUGUUGAAGCUAUUGCUCACUUGCUUCUCGGAGCCCAUGUACCGAUCCCCGCAACAGUCUGAGGAGCCCAACAAGUGGAUAGCUUACUUCACGUCCGCCGACAAUCGGCACGCACUGCCGUUGUUCACCUCAUUUCUGAACACAGUGUGCUCCUACGACCCGGUAGGAUUUGGUGUGCCGUACAAUCACCUGCUGUUUGCGGACACCACGGAGCCACUCGUGGAAGCUUGUCUGCAGUUGCUUAUUGUUACCUUGGACCAUGACAUGGUGGUGCAGCAGCAGCUAACUCAACCCGGGCAGGCUUCCUACGACGAGGGCAACUGCGGCGACAACUUGUUCAUCAACUAUCUAUCGCGAGUACACCGAGAUGAGGACUUUCACUUUGUGCUUAAGGGCAUUACACGGCUGCUGAACAAUCCCCUGGUCCAGAACUACUUGCCCAACUCAACAAAGCGGCUGCACUGCCACCAGGAGCUGCUUAUUUUGUUCUGGAAAAUAUGUGACUACAAUAAGAAGUUUUUAUACUUUGUGCUGAAGAGCUCAGAUGUUCUGGAUAUCCUUAUUCCCAUUUUGUAUCACCUUAACUAUUCCCGAGCGGAUCAAUCACGAGUAGGCCUAAUGCACAUUGGAGUGUUCAUACUGCUGCUGCUAUCGGGCGAGCGGAACUUCGGGGUUCGCCUAAACAAAGCGUACUCUGCUACAGUGCCCAUGGACAUACCUGUGUUUACUGGAACCCAUGCCGACCUAUUAAUCACGGUGUUUCACAAAAUCAUAGCCACUGGCCACCAGCGACUGCAGCCCCUUUUUGACUGCCUACUGACUAUUCUGGUCAAUGUUUCGCCCUAUCUUAAAACCCUUUCGAUGGUGGCCAGUGUGAAGCUUUUGCAUCUGCUUGAGGCCUUCAGCACACCGUGGUUUUUACUAUCGGCGCCUAGCAACCAUCACUUGGUGUUUUUCCUGCUGGAGAUCUUCAACAACAUUAUACAGUACCAGUUUGAUGGAAACUCGAAUCUAGUCUAUACCAUUAUUCGAAAACGUCAUGUGUUCCAUGCCAUGGCGAAUCUCCCGACCGAUAUGGCUGGAAUAGCCAAGUGCCUGAGUGGCCGUAAGACAGGCGGAAAGUUUAAUUUGCCGAGGGUUCCGCAACGCAGAACGGCAGCUGUUUCGCAGGAACUGCCCUCGGCCCAUGUGCCUGAGGAAUACAACGAAGAGGACGAAGAUGAUGAAGAGGACGAGGAGGUAAUUAUGGAGGAGCCCAAGGCUGAAGAGGACCUCGAGUCGGAGACGGAGUCUCAUGAGCGAUCUCAGUCGGGAGAGCAGCAGCCGGACGUUCUUACGGCCCAACCGGCUGAGCCGGGAACCCUUAAAACCUCUUUGCUGGACACACCAGGCAUUAGUCAGAUGACGGAGCGCGAGCAGGCACAUCCGAAUGACAAACCGCACGCUGAGGACUCCACAGAUAUUGUGCCCUUCGACAGGUCGGCCGCUUCGACACCAACAGGCGAGCUGAAGUCCACUUCCCCCACAGAGCUGUCCCGUUUGUCAGUGGCACACAGAGGAAGCAUUCGCAUGGUGCCCGGCGAGGGCGAUCGGUGGGCACCGACGCCCGAAUGGAUCGUCUCCUGGAGGUCAAAGUUGCCGCUGCAGACAAUCAUGCGAUUGUUGCAAGUCCUCGUGCCGCAGGUUGAGAAGAUCUGCAUCGACAAAGGACUGACUGAUGAGUCGGAGAUCCUCAAGUUUUUGCAGCACGGAACGUUGGUGGGUUUGCUGCCGGUGCCUCACCCCAUUCUCAUCCGAAAGUACCAGGCCAACGCAGGAACGACGGCCUGGUUCCGCACCUACAUUUGGGGAGUCAUCUACCUCCGCAACGUGGAGCCGGCCAUAUGGUACGACACGGAGGUGAAGCUCUUUGAGAUUCAGCGCGUCUAGGUCAGUAUGUGGACACCAAACCAAAACAGCAGCGAAACCGUAGCUCUCACGCUUUGGCAUUUAUUGUAGUUAAUUUAUUCAUUCCAAAAGUCUUUGUGAAGAAACCUAUUUCUAUUUAUCGGUUCACCCAAGUCUUUGCCUUUUGUGUCGAGGCGAACCACCCUAAAAAUGAGGCUUAUCAGUUGUUACGAUAUAGCAUGAUUUCUUUUUAACUGAUUUGUUAUCGGCUCUUAGCAUUGAUAUUUAAUUGCUUUUCCUAAUUAUUAAUUUGUUCAACUCUCCAAAACAGUGUAAGCACAAAGUGUUUGUAUUUUAGUUGAAGACUAAAUUAUUAAACAAUUAUUGUAUUUUCUUUUGUAAUCUGUGACACAAAAUGUUCCUUGUGCCGUAUUUUUAAUACAUUGCUUUUAUUAUUUAUUACUUUAACUUAACGUUACUCAUCGUCUGAAUUUUAUUAUGCACAAUCAACGAAUUCACCGCCCUAUUUGUAUGUUUUUAGAAACGCUUCUGAUAUCGGUUAAUCUUAAAUAUAAUUUGUUCCACACA